AUGCAAAAAAAAACUAUGCAUUCAUUAUCAUUGCCAAAAGUAUUAAAUUAUUAAUUUAGUAAAUUAAAUAUUAAUGAGAGUCUUGAAUAAUUUGGUAUGUAAUUUAAUAUUAUUAUUAGAUUCUAGUCUAUAAACUAAAUCAUAGUAAUAAUAAAUUGAGAAUCUUUUUAGAAUUUAAAAAAACAUUGUAUCUACAACAAAAAGAAAGAGUACUAAUUAAUUUGUAUUUCUCAAUAAAUUCUGUUGA